AUGGAGAACAGACUCCUCUUUCCGCACAGGAAAGCUCAAGAUGAGUAUUCACAGUGCAAGCCGACACGUUCGGGGUUAGAUAGCAGGGCCGUCUCCACCGGCAUGGAUUUGACUAACCCUGGGAAGUUUAAUGAGAAGGAAUUGAUGCAUGGCUUAAACGAUCGUCUCGCAGGAUUCAUAGAGAAGGUGCACCACCUGCAGUACCAGAAUACUCUGCUAGAGAGAGAAAUCGGUGAGAUAAGAGGGAAAGCGAAACCCGCCUCUUGUCUGGAGGAAGAGUAUGGACCAGAGCUCAGGAAACUGAGGCAGCUGCUUCAGGAAAUCACUCAUCAGAAGCAUCAGAUUGAAGUCGAGCACGACAAUUUUGAGGAAGACCUGUCCAAUUUAAGGAGACAACAUGACCAGGAAGCGAGGAGCAGAUCGGAUGCAGAGAGCAAUAUCGUGGUCCUCAAGAAGGACAUUAAUGACGCGUAUCAGGCUAAACUACAGAUGGACAAGAAAGCGCAGUCUCUCGUGGAUGAAAUCCAGUUCCUGAAGGGAAACCAUGAAGCCGAGGUGUCAGAGAUAAUGGACCAAAUCCAGGAUGCACAGGUGACUGUCAAGGCGCAUGCAUUUGGAAACUCCGGAAUUACUGCGGCACUCCGGGACAUCAGGGCACAACUGGAAGGUCAUACCGUGUCUGACGUCCAGCAGCAGGGAGACACUUUCCAAUCUCAGUUUGCAAGGCUAACAGAAGCAGCUGAGAGCCAGAGAGAGGCGUUAAAAGCGACCCAGCAAGAGAUCCAGGAGUACAGGAAGCGCCUGCAGACCAAGGACAUCGAGCUGGACUGCACUUAUGGCACCAGGGAGGCGCUGCAGAAGCAACUCCGUGACGUGGAGGAUCGCCACCAGGAAGAAAUGAUUCAUUACCAGAACACAAUCAAAGAACUUGAAAAUGAGCUCAUAAAUUGCAAAUUUGACAUGUCCGGUUACCUGCGGGAGUACCAGGACCUGUUGAAUGUGAAGAUGGCUUUGGAUGUGGAGAUAAUGACUUACAGGAAACUUCUCUGCGGUGAGGAGACUCGUCUGACCGCGAUGUCCGACACCCACGUCUCCCUGCCCUACAUCUACCACCAGUCCCCCGUUUACAUGCUGCCCUGUCUGAGACCGGGAGGCCCACACAGACGCGCCGAGCCCCACUACAAGUUCGUGGAGGAGAUCAUAACGGAGACCACCAGGGAAAUAGAGAUGUCUGAAUAUGAGGAGACGGGUUCAGAGGAGACAGAUGAGGGUACCAAAAGAGAUAGAGGGAGCAGUGAGGAAGAGAUGGAUAAUAAAGACAGUGGAGACGUGGAAAGAAAGCAGAUGUCUGACAGUGAGCAGAAUCAAGUAGCACCGGCUGGGGAUUUAGUGAAUGGAUGUGAUGCUGGCAGUCCUGUGGAAAGUAAAGAAGAGUCAGAAGAGACUGAAGCAGCUGACGAUGAAGAGGAUAUAGAUACAAUUACUCCUAGCACAGUCGUAUUAAGUGAGAGCCUUGAUGAGAAAGAUAACGAGCAACAGCAAAAAGUAGCUGAAGAGACAAAAGAAGAGAAAGAAGUUGGAGGUACAAUGGUUGAGAAAGAUAUAUCUCAAAAGCCAGAUGAUUUAAAGCCAGAGGUCCCUGCGGAGGAUGAACUUAUUAAAAAAUCUGAUAGUAAAAAAGGAGAUGCUGAGAAAGAUAGUUUUAUCCCAGCUCAAGCAGAGAAGCCUGUUGACGAGUCCUCGGCUCAGGUGUCUAAAGAAUCAGACAAACCUCAAGAGCUAAGCAGUGUUGAAGCCCAAGUUAAGAUACCUGCUCUAGAAAUGGCAGAGAAAACUGCAGAUUUAACACAAGAGACAAAGAAAACUUUAUCCGUAGAGAAAGAGCUUUCAGAAAAGACUCAAGUGUCUUUGACUACACCUAAGAGUGAGGCAAAGGAAAGCAAAAGUGAGGCAAAGGAAAGCAGUAAAUCUGAAGCCUGCAAAGGUGAGGAUAAAGUAGCAAAAGCCAUUGAAGAUGAUAAACAUGGUAGCAUUAAAGAUGAAAAUAAAGAGUCUUCUCCUGAAUCUGAUGUGAAAAGUCUUCCUCGAGUGGAGGACCAGCAGCUGAACAGUGGGGGGGGAACCAAUGAAGUCCAAACUGUGUUGCCAGGAGAAAAGACAGCCGUCAAUACAGAAAUCAAAGAGAUGCAUCAGGGAGCACCGGAAGGAAGCCAGGAUCAGACACUGCCUGAAGAUUCAGAGAACAUAAAGGAUCCUCAAGGUACAACUGAGAAGGUGGAGAGUAGUAAGUCACAGAAAUAAGAGCUCGAUAAAACAGGAAAUAUCUGCUAAGGCUUUGGAAGUGACGAGAUUUCCACCUGAAAUUGAAUGUGACAGCAGUUGGCAGGCAAAUAUCAGGGAUAGUGAAGCUACAAAUAGAGAAAGCUUAACUAAUGCAGAAGCACAUGAGAAGCAUAAGCUGAGCAAAGCACAAGGAAGGAAGCGGCAAUUCUCUUCACAAUGAAAAGGAGAGCAUGAUUCUUCUCUACAGCUUUGCCUUUGAACUUGAAAUGUGAUGCAUUCAUAUUGUUUGACUCACCACUCAAUGUUAUCAUGAAUGUAAAAUAUGCAAAGUUACAUUUA